CGUGCGAGUAUGCGCGAGGCAGAUCCAAAAGAGCAAACGAGUCAACAUGAGCUGUUUUAAAUAAAGCUUUGAGAAGCAGCUAUUUAUCUUCUGUGACGAGGGGGUGUGAAACACUACAAACAGGUUGUUAAACGGAUUACCUAAUUUCGCUGUUUUCAAAGCAGAGACAGGACGCUAUUUUCCCUUUUUUUAAAACUACACUAUCCAUCGUUACACGACCGCUGAUACCAUGGCAGAAAGCGACUGGGAUACCGUGACCGUCCUGCGGAAGAAGGGUCCAACUGCGGCGCAGGCCAAAUCCAAACAGGCAAUCACUGCGGCACAGAGAAGGGGAGAGGAUCUCGAAACCACAAAGAAAUGGUCUGCAGGACAAAACAAGCAGCACCUGGUGACAAAGAACACGGCCAAGCUGGACCGUGAAACGGAGGAGCUGCACCAUGACAGGGUGCCGCUGGAGGUGGGCAGGGUGAUUCAGCUCGGACGGCAGAACAACGGUCUGACGCAGAAAGACCUGGCCACCAAAAUCAACGAGAAGCCCCAGAUCAUUGCUGAUUAUGAAAGUGGGAGGGCCAUACCCAGCAACCAGGUCAUGGGCAAGAUCGAGAGGGCCAUUGGGCUGAAGCUACGUGGGAAGGAAAUUGGACAGCCCCUUGAAGCAAAGCCUAAAAAAUGAAAACAAAGCCUCGAAAUCAGCCCCUCCCCCUUCCCUUGACCACACCUCUAGCCCCUCCCCCAUUGCUUUCCCUUUCUUGCACUAUGCAUCCCUCGCUAACCCUCCCCCCCCCCCCCCCCCCGGGGGCUGAUCUCACCUGGCUCUGCUGGUUGGCUGGGUGUUUCCGCAUCAUCGCUACGCUGGCAAAUGAGAAUUCAACAUGAUUGCACACAGCAAGCGAGUGAAUAAUGUAUAAAAACUUAAUCCCAAAGUGCUGUGGGGUUGUUGUUUUUUUUUUUGGUUUUGGGUUAGCAUGUUUAUUUUUUGUUUUUUAUUAAAUUGCUGGAUUUUAUCUAGAGCUGAUGGAGUUAACAUUUCAUUGAGAGAAUUCAUCAUCUGCUUUAGUCAUGCUUAAUCACAACCUUUUUGCUCCUUUUUGCAUUUUCUGGGGCUCGAAGUUGAGUGUUGGCUCGACAUGCCUUUAAGCAGUUUCCUUUGAUUGUAUUGCAAAUAAAGAUUGAACCCUUUGGCAGGUUA